AUGGGUGUAAUACGCAAGAAGACCGCCUCGCGCGGCACCGAGGCUGGUACUAAGUUCCACUGUGAUGUCUGUUCGGCCGACGUGACAUCAACGGUCCGUAUCUCCUGCGCUCAUCCCAAUUGUCAUGAAUAUGAUCUCUGCGUCCCCUGCUUCGCAGCGGGCGAGAAAUCCAAGAACCACGAUCCAUCCUCCCAUCCCUUCCAAGUCAUCGAGCAGAACUCCGUUCCCAUCUUCCAAGAAGACUGGGGCGCCGAUGAAGAGCUUUUGCUACUCGAGGGAGCUGAGAUCUAUGGACUCGGCUCCUGGGCCGAUAUCGCCGACCACAUCGGGGGCUACCGCAGCAAGGAUGAAGUGCGCGACCAUUACAUCGAUACCUAUAUUAAUAGCUCCAAUUUCCCUCUUCCUGAACGUGCCGAUCCGGAUGACCACAGCCUCCAGGAUGCCAUUCCGAAGGAAGAAUUCCAAACGCGCAAGAAACGACGUAUCGAGGAGCGCAAGGAGGCAGCCAAGGCGGCGCCCCCCACAACCCCCAAACAGAAACCCACGGCCAGUGUCCCGGCAUGUCACGAGGUACAGGGCUACAUGCCCGGUCGAUUGGAGUUUGAGACGGAGUUCCUUAACGAUGCGGAGGAGGCCGUUCAACACAUGACGUUCGAGCCCGGCGCGGGUAUCGGCCCUAACGGCGAGGUGGACGCGGAGACCGAACUCAAGAUGACCGUUGUUGAUAUUUAUAAUUCGCGACUUACAGCGCGUACUGAGCGCAAGAAGAUUCUAUUUGAACACAAUCUCCUCGAGUAUCGGAAGAACACUGCGUUGGAGAAAAAACGAUCCAAGGAAGAGCGGGAGCUGCUGAACAAAGCGAAACCGCUAGCUCGGAUGAUGAACGAGAAGGACUUUGACGAUCUCAACAAGGGGCUGGAGUACGAACACAAUCUACGCCUGGCCAUCGCCCAGCUCCAGGAAUGGCGCCAGAUGGGUAUUGGGGAUCUGAAAGCGGGCGAGAAGUACGAGCAGGACAAGCAGCAACGUGUGCAGCGUCUACUACCACAAGGCUCCUUUGACCGCUAUGCCACCACGCGUCCCAAACAAAAUCAAAUUUCCGAGACACCGACUGCCGCGAUUCAGCUCACUACCCCAGAACUUCCUCUCCGGCUACAAAGCGCAGCAAACCCCCACAAGCUGCCUGAUCUGGCUGACGUCGCUCCGAAUGACUUUGAUCAGUUCCUCCUUGGUGAUGCCGCCCCGCCCCCGCCAGCCAAGACGAAAUAUGUCGUGCAGCCGUUGAGUGGGGUAUCACCUUGGAAGCUAGACAGCGAGGGAGCAGCCGAUUUACAUCUCUUGACCAAGGAAGAGGUCGAAGUGUGCAACAUGCUACGCCUGAUGCCGAAGCCAUACCUGGUUGUUAAAGAGACUCUGCUGAAGGAGGCAAUGAAGCAGGGUGGUAGUUUGAAGAGGAAGGAUGCACGCGCGAUCUGCAAGAUCGAGAGCACCAAAACCAGCCGCAUUUACGAUUUUAUGGUGCACAGUGGAUGGAUCAACAAGGGCUAA